AACCAUUCGAAAUUAUGGCAACCGAAGAAGACGUGCAAACCAAACUCAAGGCCUGCUGCGCCAUGUGCAUGGGUUAUCUUAAUGAUCUCAAAGAUACUCCCCAGAUAGAAGAGUCAAAGGACUUUGACUCCGUAAAAUUCAAGGAUACAAUGGCUAAGCUUGGCCAGAUUCUAUCUCAUGAUGCUACCAAGCUUACCUUGGCUUGUAAGCCACCUCGUCAGCCUGCUGAUGCAAUCAAGAUGAUCCAAGAAAUAUCGAACACUUUAUUCCGUCUGUUGGGCUUCUAUCAUUCUAUUCCUAUCUCAGCUGGCCGCGCAUAUCUUGCAGCUUACACAAGUCUUAUGCGUGGAGUACUCCAAGGCACCCACACCCUUUGUAGUACAUUUAGCGGUGAUGCUCCAACUUUUAUGAUCCCAACAGCGGUGUUGUGGGAGAACUGUGCUGCCUUGGGUAAAAGCCCCAAAAACAAUGAGGAAGCUGUACGAAAACUUUGGAUUGGAUUCGAAGAAACCUUGAAGGAUGCUAAAUCAGAAGCUCGCGAGAUGCUUAAUGAGGAAGAAGACGAAGAUGAUUUUGAGGAUUCAGAAGACUCUGAAGAAGAGGAAGCAAAAGAAAAGCCAACCGAGGAUCAAAUUGCCGCAAAAAAGGCAAUCACCGAGAAGUGUGUCCAGUUGACAGAUUUAACCGUAUUAAUUUACAAGAAGAUUGAGGUGCGCUGCCUUGAUCUUGGCAGCAUCGAGUGGUUAGAUCGAGUGAGCGAACACGGUAACAAUGUAGUAGACGAAACCGAUGUUUUGAUCUCGCAACUUUAUGAAGAGGAUGCGGAUGCUAUGACAGUAUUCGUAAACAAACAUGUAAAACAGUGCAUUGACCUGGUGAAGAUUGCACAAGAAGUAGCUAAAGAUGAGCAUGCCAAAUGGUUUGAGAUGUGCGCCACCAAAUUGGAGACACUGACAAUCAAAGCAUGAAGAGGGAGAAUGCUGCUGGGUCGGUAGAUGCAAAAAAAAGACAAGUAAAAAAAGGAAAAAAGAAAGACAAAGCAAUGAUCAAAAUGUACAGGGAGAGAGUUUAAGAUGUCUUUGGUGGAUAUAGAGAUGAUCGACGACGGGGAUAUUGUGGGAGGGGAGGAGAUGUGAGGGUCGGUGUAGAUUCGCUGGCGCGGGAUAGGUGCAUAACUUGGUUAUAAGUUUUGAGGAAUUGUUUCGAGGAAGGGUCUUGGGAUAAUGGUAGAAUUUCUUCAAGUUCUUGCCUCAGAUCAUUAGGAAUCUAAAAAUGAUGAUAAGCAUCACAUAAAUAUAAAUAUAAAAAAAAAUAUUUACCAUGC